UUUCAAGCAACAUUCACAUUCACAACCUCUUAGCGUAAAGUUGUCCCACCGUUGCGUCAGCUUCGUUUACUGUGCUGUGUAUUCGAGAAAAACAUAAAAAUGGCAAGCAUCGACUAUAGCUAUUUUCUCUCCCCUCACUCUUCCAGGAGAAGACCGGCUCUCACACGGGAAUUAAGUAAGCCAAUUAUAUUAAUUAGGAAAUUAAUUAAUGUCAUACUUCUCGCAGCCAAGCGCGCCUAUGGAGCCAAAGACACAAUCUCUUUGGCCGAAGGUAUGCCCAACGAGGUAACAUUCCCUUUCGAAAAAAUGCAAAUUUCGAUGAAAGACGGCUCAACCCUCACCAUCCAAGGACAACAAUUAAACGCUGCUUUACAAUACAUCCCGACUCAAGGAUACCCUCCACUCCUUAAAACCCUCAAAGAGUUUACUCAAAAAGUCCAUCAGCCGCCGAAUUGGCAGGACCGCGAAAUAUUAAUUACAAAUGGGUCCCAAGAUGGUAUCAGCAAGUCCAUUGAGCUUUGCAUCCAAGAAGGUCAUCCGGUGUUGGUUCAAGACCCUCUCUAUACCGGCGCGGAGAUUGUCUUGAAGCCAUUCAAGGCUGAAUUGAUCGCUAUUGAACAAGAUCAGUUCGGUAUGAGUGCCCAAAAAUUGUUACAAGUCCUGGAGGACCGAAAAGCGAAGUAUACGGAAGAGGGUGGAGGGUGGAAAAUGCCCAAAAUUAUGUACAUCAACCCCACUGGGUCGAAUCCAACCGGGACAACCAUGUCGUUAGAAAGGAGGAAGGAGAUUUAUGAAAUUUGUUGCAAAUACAAUAUUUUAAUCCUGGAGGACGAUGCAUACUGCUUUAUGCAUUAUUUGGAAGAAAAUCCUCCAAGUUUUCUCUCUUUGGAUACGGAGGGUCGUGUACUCAGAUUCGAUUCUUUAUCAAAAGUAUUAAGUUCUGGUCUUCGACUGGGAUGGAUCACUGGACCAAAACAAUUGAUCUCAACUAUUGAAUUACACAUUCAGAGCUCCUACCUACAUUCAAGCACUUUAUCUCAGGUCAUCGUGGAGAACCUCUUUCAAGCUUGGGGUUUUGACAAAUUCAUGGAGCAUUUGAGCUUCAUUCGCAAAUACUACAAGGCCCGUCGAGACCUCACAAUCGACUCCAUGGAGCGUCACUUGAAGGGUUUGUGCGAAUGGAACGUACCCACCGGAGGAAUGUUUGUUUGGAUUAAAGUCCGGGGAGUGUCUGAUGUGUAUGAUAUGCUGAUGAGCAGAGGCUUGAAAAAGGGUAUUACUUUCGUACCUGGACACGCUUUCAUGGCCGAUCCCACCAAAGCGUGUAGCUAUAUUCGCGCUUCUUACAGCAAAGCGAAUCCUAAACAGAUCGAAAAAGCGAUGAAGCUUUUGGCAGAGUUGAUAAGGGAGGAACAUUUGCUGUUGCGUAGGAAGCUGGAUAAUUGUACUUAGUUUUUGAUUUAAACCGGUUAAGGUUUUCUAUUUGCUUUGAAAAAGCAGUCUAUUAUUAUUAUACUAUAUGCUAGGUCUCUACAGGGUUUAGAGGCGUUUUAUUGAUUUUAUUAGUUACGCUACACAUCAGCAGAGGGUGGUGCGACACAACUAUUGAUUUACAUGACUUAUUCUUUAAAAUAAUAUACAAUAUAUUAUUAUAUUUUGUAGCAUUUAUGUAUUAUUAUAAUUAUAAUAAAUAUAUUUUGUAUUUA